CUCCUUGUACUUACUUAAACUCCUUUGUCGAAUUCAAAGUAAACACCAACCCAAAAGGAACGUUCUCUAUUCACCUUCCUCUUCCGUUGUUGCGCUCUUUUGAUCCUCUCCGUUUCCCCUUCUCCAUCUUCGUCUCCACCAUCGCCGUCGUGGUCGUCGACGACGAUGUCGGUGGCGGGUGGGUUGGAGUGCGUGGUGUGCGUGGGGUGCUCGCGCUGGGCGUGGAAGCGCCUCAACUACGUCGGCACCUACGACAGCGAGUCGUGGCCCCUCUCCUCGGCCGCGGAGUUCGCCCCGAUCCCCCGCGCGUGCCGCGCCAUCCUCGGCGUCUACGCCGACGACCUCGCCGACCCCAGCUUCGCCCCCUCCCUCGACCCCUCCUCCAUCGUCAAGCGCGUCCCCUACGCCGACACCCACCGCCGAUGCCCCCCCUACCUCAUCUACGCCGAUCGCCCCCACAAGGAGCUCGUCCUCGCCAUCCGCGGCCUCAGCCUCACGCGCAACAGCGACUACAUGGUCCUCCUCGACGACGGGCUCGGCAUGCAGGUGCUCGACGGGGGCUUCGUCCACCGCGGCCUCCUCAGGGCCGCCACCUGGAUCCUCGACCAAGAGGCCGACACCCUGCGCCGCCUCCUCCAGGAGCUCGGCCCCGAUUACAAGCUGGUGUUCGCCGGCCACUCGCUCGGAUCGGGGAUCGCCGCGCUCAUGACCGUGAUCGUCGUCAACAACCGCGACCAGUUCGGCGGCAUCCCCCGGAGCCACAUCCACGGAUACGCCGUCGCGCCCGCCAGGUGCAUGUCGCUCAACCUCGCCAUCAAGUACGCCGAUGUCGUCACCUCCGUCAUCCUGCAGGAUGAUUUUUUGCCAAGAACGACGACACCCCUGCAAUAUAUUUUUGGGUCAAUAUUUUGCUUGCCUUGCCUUUUAUUCUUUGCUUGCUUGCGAGAUACGUUUAUUUCGGAAAAAAAGAAGCUUAGUGAUCCAAGAAGGCUCUACACUCCUGGUCGAAUCUAUCAUAUUGUCGAGAGGAAGCUUUGUCGAUGUGGAAGACUCCCUCCGGAGGUGAGAACAGCCAUUCCAGUGGAAGGUAGAUUUGAGCAUCUUGUGCUAUCAUGCAAUACCACGUCCGACCAUGCAAUUCUUUGGAUUGAACGAGAGGCACAGAAGGCUGCAGAUCUUAUGCAGGAAAGUGGCGAGCCAACUAGUCCACCGCAAAAGCAAAAGAUGGAAAGAAUACAUAGUCUUGAGCAAGAACACAGGAUUGCCCUCGAACGCGCGGAAACCCUUAAAAUCCCACAUGCUGUAGCACCAACAGAGGAGUCCUCUACAGAGUCCAUAGCUUCUGAUAACAAAAGUUCGAACUCUGGUGGUAAAACCAAAUGGGAUGAGCUGACCGAGAAUCUCUUCACUAAAAGUGCUUCUGGAAGCCUCGUCCUGAAGAAAGAUAUCCUUGCUAAGAACGGUGACUAGCAGUUGGAUUCAAGGUAUUUUGAAGAUGCAUUUCUUGCUGUGGUAUGUUGGAGUUCUGUAUCACAUCAUUCUUUCAAUUGUUACCAAGCUAAUGUUGUUUGUACAACGAGCCCAUUAGUCGACCUUCGCAGGGGUUUUCAAGUUGAAAAAGCCAUUGUUGUAUAAAAUGUGGUUUUGAAUUCUGUGCUGAGGACAUUCAUUCGAGUCAUGGAAAGCUGUUUGUGCCUUCGAACGUACCGACCUUUUCAAUUUGCGGAGCUAGAUCUUUGGUUCA